UUUGCAAAGCAUCCCUCUUCGGAUCACUUCAUUCAGAUAUUCGAUUACACUGUGAGAAGAUCGAGAAGAUUCUAGAAGAUUGAAGAUUGCGGACUUGAUAUUUCACGCUUAACCGUUUGAUGUGAUAUGUUCGAGCAAUAAACCUACAAUGGAUGCAGACGAGACGAAAACUGAACAUAAUGAGAUAUCCAAACCGAAGAUGAAGCACGAUUGGUACCAAACAGAAGCUUACGUAGUCGUGAUAGUACUCGCCAAAAAUUUGGAAAAUGUGAAAGUCCAAUACGGAGAAUGUACACUAAGUGUAUCUGCAGCAUUACCAUCUGGUAACGAGUAUAGUUUAGAACUAGAUUUGGCUAACUUUAUAGUACCAGAAAAAUGUUCGCACAAGGUAUGGCCAUCCAAGCUAGAAAUUAAACUGAAAAAACAGGAGGGUAUUAGAUGGACAAAUUUAGAAGGAAGUCCAGAAGGUCUAUGUAAAGUGAAACCUAUACCACGUGAAAUACUUCAAGCCAGCGGAACACCGCCCAAGUAUCCAAGCUCCUGUAAAAAAUCCAAAGAUUGGAAUCAGGUAGAAAAGGAAAUAGCGAAGGAAGAGGCAUCAGAGGAGAAUGAUAGUGAGAGUGCUGUGAAUGCUCUCUUCCAAAAGAUAUAUGGUAACGGAUCCGACGAAGUGAGACGCGCAAUGAACAAGUCUUUUCUAGAAUCUGGUGGCACUGUCUUAAGCACUAAUUGGGAAGAGGUAGGGCAAAAAACUGUCGAAAGAAAACCACCAGAUGGCAUGGAGUGGAAAUCUUGGCAGUCGUAACAAAUAAUUUUUUAAAUUAACUUAAUUAAAUUUUCAUUGUUUCUUGCAUGCAAUAAUUAUGUUCAAUCCUCAGUUACAUUUACACAUCACAUUUUUUAUAUGACAAGGUAUACAUAUAUCAAUUAAUACCUGAGAAUGAGAAUUUCGUCUUUCCAUUACACGACUAUUUAAUAAUUUGCACUUAUAAAAUUUUAUGUUACAAUUAAAUAUAUGAAGUCAUUAACAUUACAUAUAUUAUGAUCUGUAACACUUCGAUUUAACUAGAUAUAUAAUUUAUAGUUAAAAUUGUACGAUAUUAUAAUGCAUAUGAUGUUCUAGUGAAAAUAAAUGCUUACAACAUG